GCAACGUGACCUCGUCUGUGGUGUACUAGAGUCCAAAAGCUACACGGAAACAACCAUGCUACCAGCGCCCGAAGAGAUUUCCUCUCGUCCUCGCCGAAGAGCCGGUCGUAUCGUGCUAGGCGUGGCCGCAUUGGCGUUGAUCGGGGGCGGUGCGGCCGCGGCGGUGGUCCUCACCCAGUCCAAGGGCACCACGACGCCUACGUCGGAGGGCAGCAGCAGCCAAAACAAACCGCCGUCGUCGCUGAUUGGGGGAGCUGCGGCGACGACGUUGUUGCCCAGUGGAGGAGGCAACCUUCGCCCCAGCACUACGCCUGUGAUCAAGGGCCCCACAAAGUCAAACCCUGAAACCGAUCCUGUUUUAGUGACCAUGUUGGCGAUCGGAGACUGGGGCAGCACCAACGGCAAGGGGGACGACGGCACGAAUCCCGGGUCGUGUUGUUCCAGAGACAAAGUGUCCGAAGAGGUGAAAACGAACGAACCUCGGUACAAAGUGGAUUUCCGCUCCCAGCAGCACGUGGCCAAGCUGUUGGCCCAAUCAGCGUUGGAACUCAAACCCAAAGCCAUUCUCGGGCACGGUGACAACAUUUACUGGAACGGCGUCGGCAAAGACGACGUCAAGGCACGCAUGGACGAAACCUUUGACAAAGUAUACAGUGACGUGGCGCUCUUAAACGUGCCCUGGUACAACGUCGCUGGCAACCACGACGUCGGCGGGUCCGUAUACCUUUGUGGGGACCGUGAUGGGGCCUUUCGCGAGUGCAAAAGCGUGGCGGAAAUGCUCGACGCGUUGGACUCCAAGUUUAAUCUCCAGCGCGAUUACAAGUCGUCCCACAACAACCGAUGGAUCAUGGAAGGACAUUAUUAUGUGAAAACGGUCAAGCAACAAGGCGUGACAAUUGACAUUUUCAACUUGGACACGAACGAAGCGAGUGCCCACGGCGCAACGCAAGUCUGCUGCCAGUGCUUUAGCUACCGUGGCAACGACAAGUCUGUCAAGUGCAAUGAAAUUGACAAGGGCAGUCCAUUUUGUGCUGGCGGCAACAUGGACAUGUACAACGCUUGCAUGAACCGCAUUCAAUCGUGGGCCACCGAGUCGUAUGAUGGGGUCAUGCGCGACUUGGCGCUGUCGAAAGCCGACUUUAAGAUCAUCAACACCCACUACUCGCCCCACUACCACAUGAGUCGCCCGUUGGCAGAGAAAUGGUUCAACGUGACCAAACCACCACCACCUACCGCCGCCGCCGCUGUCAAGGGGGGGGUCCACGCCUGGUUUAACGGCCACACCCACGGGUUCAACCACGAUGUAACGACGUGGAAUACACACUUUUUUCAAAAUGGCGCUGGCGGGGGCAUUGUAAGUCAGAGUGGCGCCCAAGCCGACCCAAACGCCGCGAAAGUCCAUCCUGAAAUCGACACGGUGUGGGUCGCCGCGGGCCAACCGUAUGGAUUUAUGGAGGUGUCGGCUUCCAAGGAGUGGCUAAAAGUGCAGUUUGUGAGCUUUGACAAGGCGUGGGUGUUUGGAGGGCACAAAGUGGCCGACACUGUCGCAGGAGGCCUUGCCAGAGGCCAUUGCUGGUACAUUCACAAGUCCCUCGAUGGCCCGGGUGUGCCCUGUGCGUCGUCGAACGAUGGCGUAGUGGGGAUGCCCACUUGA